GCAUGCGCAAACACCAAUAUCAACUGAUAAAACACGAAGCUGUGAUAAAAAAAUUUAGUAAAUCGUUUCAAAAAAUCUUGAAAUAAUUCAAUCGUAGUAUGAUUAAAAUCGUUCGAUCCUGUUUGUGAACAUCCACAGCACCAGCAUGUCCGGCGAUGCUCUCCAAAAUUUAUCCCUGAUGCGUAAUUUCUCCUCGCAAAAGAAACCGAACGUAUUGGAAUGUCGCGUUUGCGAAGACGUUUUCACUUUACAAGGUGACAAAGUACCAAGGUUGUUGUAUUGCGGGCAUACAGUGUGCCAUUCUUGUCUGCUUCACAUUACACCGAACGAAGACGCAAUAUGUUGUCCCUUCGACAGACAGCCAACUCCCAUAGGAGCUUCAGGAGUUUGGGGUUUGAAGAAAAAUUUCGCUCUGCUGGAAUUAUUGGAAAGAUUACAAUCGUGUUAUGAAAAAGAAGCGGCGACUUUUCUAAGAUGUUCCGAAGUGUUGGAAAAAGAACGCAGUUUACGCAUUCAUUGCGACGAAAACGACGAACACACCGCUGUGAUUUACUGUACGGUAUGUGCGACUCAUUUAUGCGAAUCGUGUUCCGAUAUCACUCAUUCUACCAAAACAUUAGCCAAACAUCGUCGAGUACCAUUAUCGGAGAAACCUCGAGAAAGACCUCGGUGCCAAUCGCAUCCUUCUCACGUGGCUGAGUUCACUUGUCUAGAAGAGACUUGCAGAGCGAACCCUACUCUGAUGUGUUAUUUGUGCAAAGACUACGGACGUCAUAAAAACCAUAAACACGCCUUGGUCGAGACCGAAGCUGAUAAUAUUCGAUCGACUGUUCGUAAUACAGCGUUGCAUAUGCGAAGUUUAAUGGAGGAAAUGGGAGAAACGUUGCAUCGAUUGGGUCAAGUAGCUGUUCGUAUAGAAGGUACGACCGAUGAGAGUGGCGAAAUUCUCGAAGAAGGGACUGGUAGUUUGGUCAAGAAACGAGUCCAAACGUAUUUCGAUCAGUUGAGAUCGACGUUAAAUAUACAAGAGGGUGCUGCUAUCAAUGCAGUUGAAACGUAUGUCCGUGAGAGACUGUGUUCAAUUCGACAGUUACAGGAAGAUUUGGUAGCUUGGUUGUCCCAGAUUGCUCUGGCUUGUGCCCAGUGUGACUAUAUUAUUCUGCAAGAUGAUGCUCGAGUUCUUUCUGCAGCUUGUGAAAUCAACGAAGCGAUGGAAUCGAUUGAAAAACAACAGCAACAGUUCAAUGAACUAGGACCCGAACGUAGACACCCUGAUCCAAAUAUUCCCAUCACUUUCACCAAAGAUAAUCGAGUCCAUAUCGGCCCAAAAAUGGAGAUGCGUGUCGUAACACUGGGUUUGGACGGUGCUGGAAAAACCAGCGUUUUAUUCAAACUCAAACAAAACGAAUUCAUCACUCAAAUUCCCACCAUUGGUUUCAACGUAGAAACGGUGGAAUAUAAAAAUUUAAAAUUCACAAUUUGGGAUGUCGGAGGGCAACCGAAGCUUAGACCUUUAUGGAAACAUUAUUACCUGAAUACUCAGGCUAUCAUCUUCGUCAUCGAUUCUAGCGAUAAAGAAAGACUAGACGAAGCGCACGAAGAACUGAUGAAAUUAAUGAACGAAAAAGAAUUGAAAGAUGCUGCUUUACUUAUAUUGGCCAAUAAACAGGAUAUUCAAGAUUGUGAAUCGAUAGAAUCGAUUACCGAACGAUUUUCUUUGUAUAAAUUAUGCUGUGGAAGGAGUUGGCAUAUUAGAGCGUGUGAUGCUCAAAGUGGUAAUGGUUUACACGAUGGACUAGACUGGCUUUCUAGACAGCUUUUAGCCACAGGAGUGUACGAUGUUAAUUAACGCAGGAUUAACCGAGUUAUUAUGAUCUUGCUUCGAAAUAUUCUAUAUUAUAUAUCGCUGCUCCAAAUAUCUGUAGAUCUUGACGUACUUAGUACGUUAUCUUAUAUAAAUUUAAUAUCGUUGACCGGUGUUGCUCAGGUUUACUGUAGAAUGUUACGGUAAUAAUUGAGACAUGAAACAAAGUGUUACUUGUACUAGGUACCUACCUAUUUUGUAUAUUGUUGCAUCGAAUUGAUCUUUGUUUAGGAAAAACGUGAAUUAACGAAUUAAUCAAAUGUGAUACAAAUUUAAUAAACUAUGAUUAUAGUUGAUAAAUAAAAUAUUCUAUAAUUUUAAAGCUUA